UGGUUCUUGUUUUUGUGCACUAGACAUGGAGCAUAAUAACCCUGCUUAUACGAUCAGUGCUGCUUUGUGCUACGCUACUCAGCUGGUCAACAUUUUGUCCCAUAUCCUCGAUGUAAACCUUCCCAAAAAGCUGUGCAACAGUGAAUUUUGUGGUGAGAACCUCAGCAGACAGAAAUUUACUCGAGCAGUAAAGAAACUGAAUGCAAAUAUUCUUUAUCUUUGCUUUUCUCAGCAUGUAAAUUUAGACCAACUACAACCACUGCAUACCCUCAGGAAUCUAAUGUACCUGGUCAGUCCUAACUCAGAGCACUUGGGCAGAUCGGGACCCUUUGAAGUGCGUGCUGACCUUGAAGAAUCCAUGGAGUUUGUGGACCCUGGCGUUGCCGGAGAAUCAGAUGAGAGCGGAGAUGACCACAUAAGUGAUGAGGAAACUGACCUGGGCACAGACUGGGAGAACCUGCCAAGCCCCCGCUUUUGUGACAUCCCUUCGCAGCCCGUGGAGGUCUCCCAGACCCAGAGCACCCAGGCAUCCCCACCCAUCGCCAGCAGCAGUGCUGGCGGCAUGAUCUCCUCUGCCGCAGCCUCUGUGACCUCCUGGUUCAAAGCUUACACUGGACACCGCUAGUGGGUACCCAGUAGAACAUGCCACGCUUGCAGCAAGGAAGUUCUACUGUGCUUAAGUAAACUAGGUGUUUAGUUGAAAUAGUGCCUAGAACAAGAGGAUGUCAAACUGCUGUUGUUUUUCAAGUAGGAAGACAAGCGUUUUUACCUGUUCUGUGGUGUCAAGAUGGCAGUGACUGCUAUGCUUGUGGUAGUUCCUAGAGCAGGAGCAUCACAGGCCCUUGUACUCAGGUCUGCUGGAGGAAGGUCCUGUGCGCACGGCCCAUUGUGUUGAGGUGGAAUUCCAGUGGGGCUCCCUCUAGUCACAGGGCACAGGCACCACCCAACAUGGGCUUCUGUGUUGGUCCUUGGGGUUUGAGACUGUUCAUGAACACAUUACUUUUCAGAGGCUGAGUCACAGAAAGUGAUUCUGGUAACAAGGACUUGAAAGGUAAAAACAAAAUUUUAGGUUUUUGUUUUUUUUUUUGUACAGCAAACCAACAGGCAAUUUGAAAUACUUGAUUUCUUUAUAAUCUGGUCCCAUCCUGUUUUUAGGUCCUAGACUUGGGUUUUCUUUGGAAAAGGUGGCCUUUGGGGAGGGAGUAGUAGUAGUAGGGUAGUUCAACAGCCAUUUUAUUUGUGCUGCUGUGUCACAGCUCAUCUGAAAUUGUUUUUUGUUCUCCCUGCACACCAAAGAAACUAAGGUCUCUUCUCUGUAGGACCCACAUCCAUGAACAGAAGAAAACCUAGCUGCAGUAACGUCCUAGAGAUUUGAAAACCAUUUUCUUGCAUUCUGAGAGAGAUUCAGUUCGCCACACUAUGUAUAUUGUGAAGUUGAAUUUACCUUCUCUGAGCAAAAAGCAGUAUUGGUGAUGUUCCCUCAUGUGAGCUAAGUGCUUAGCUGGGCACAGCAUUAAAGCCACUUAAUUAAGGGGCUUCUGGUCAUUCUGUGUCCUAAAGGAUUUAGUAGGUGAUAGCUUUCUCCAGGGAAAACCAUCCUGCUCGCUUGUUUCCUAGAAGACUUUAUUGCUUUAAGGGCCUUUGCUCAGAGUCUCUCCUAGGGAAAGCUCAGAAGGGAAGACUUCCCUCACUAAGAGCUCAUUUUCAGCUAAUGUGUCUUGUUAUUCUCUUAGUGACAAUCUUAUAAGAAAACUGUAGAGAGGCAUUAUGUAAAAUAUGUAAGUAGUUUUUUUUUUUUUUAAUUUUUAAUAUCUGCCCCUGCCCAAUCCUAUGUCACAACUACAAAAAGACAUCCUAUGAAAAAUUCCUAUGGAAAAAAAUCAUUAUUACCAUAUCUUGUUAGAGUGAUUAGCAUGAUAGUACCUCCAAUAAGUCAUUCAGAGGUUUGCCCUGCCCUCUAGCUUUUUUUCUCACUGUAAUUAUUAUAGUUGAUACUUAAGCCUCCAAAUCUGAGGUGCUAUAUAGCUAUUGUGUACAUUUUCACAUUGGGUAAACUUUGGGGAUAGAGUUGCAGAAAGGUAUAUGGUCCUAUCCAGGAGUCCCAAGUUCCCUGACUAUGAAUUUCCUAACAAGGGGAGAAGUGGGUGACUGACUCUCUGUGGGUUCUUAUAGAGUUGGUUACCUGCUUGAAGUCCUCACUUUCAUAUCAUUGGCCUUGUAUCAUGUCACCAUCCAAGUUGAGAAUUCAGAGUGAGUGUGGUAGACUUGAACAAAUGCCAAAAUGAAAAAUCUUAUGAGCUGAUUUCUCUGGAUACUUCAGACCCUCACUCCCUCCUCCCUCUCCCAAUCCUCCCCCCCCCCCCAAAAAAAAAGAAAAGCUUAGAUUCAGAGUUGGAAGAUGGCUUGGGGGGGUGGUUCUCUGAAAGAUACACAAUAGUCAUGUUUUUUUUUUUUUUUUACCAGAGCACUGCUCAGCUCUGGCUUAUGGCGGUGUGGGGGGAUUGAACCUGGGACUUCAGAGCCUUAGGGAUGAAAGUCUCUUUGCAUAACCAUUAUGCUAUACCCCCACCCUAGUCAUGAUUUUUUUCACGUAAGCCUCUUAAACCAUGAAUGAGAUGAAGUUGAAGAAUAGAAUCCACAGAGAUCACAAACUCACAUCUAGAGUAAUCCAACAAAUUUACAAAGAUAUGGGAAAUUUAGGAAUUAAUAGGGUAUAUUUUGUUGUUGUUAUCAACUAGAGGCUCUUUACUUAGGGUUCAAUAAUCAAACCCUUUUAGUGGUUUUGAACACCAACAUACUGGCUUACACUGCUGAGAUAUUUUGGUUUCCAUUAUUUUGCACUGGAUCCAUCUGUAAAUAUUCCUAAAUACACAUUUCAACCACUGUUUUUUUCUACUCUUUGCUGCUCAUUAAAAUCUUUCAUGUAGGUGUCAGAACCAUAUGUAAGCGGGGUUUUUUUUAAUUGAAGCUGGUAUUUUUUUUAAAUAAAAAAGCCAUAGAAUUUGGUCAUGUUUUCUGUAUUAAAAUGAUUUAUUGAAAUAAGGUAAUACUAAUAAAAACCCACAGGCAUCAGAUAGACUGCUUAAAAUAGUCUGUUGAAGACUUUUUUUGGGGUAAUGAAAUAAGAGUUUUGCACACCUGUACAUUAAAGGGAAAAUCAGUGUCAUUAAGUGUAGUGAAGUCACUCAGGACUCGUGUAUAGGUUAGCUGGGAAAGAACAUUCAGGGGCUUGCUGUUAAAAGAACUGGCAUGUCCUAGAAUCUCCUCAGUGUUUCAUUGCUCUGUGACUUCCAAACCAGUUUGAGGCAACCAAAUGUUUUCUAAACUUUUAUUGUAUUGCAAUAAAUCUUUUAACAAUA